CUCGCGAACGUAAACAAAGGCGGCCUCUGCUUCCCUUGUGUGUGUGGCAGGCGGGCGCGGGGAGGGCCGGUCACCUUUAUUACCCUUUGACGUCCCCAGGUGUUGAAAGUGGACAGGUGACGCCGAGGCAACACUUAAAUCGCAGAGGUGGAGGCUGAGGGCGGCACACUGAAGGCAAGAUGAUGUACCUGUGGAAGCGGAGGAUGGUGCAGUUCUGUCACCGCCUCUUGACGCUGCCAAGCAGAACCUGGAAGUGGCUGUGGUGGAAGUACGACCUCUUCAUCCUGACCAUGAAAGUGAUCUUCUACAACGAAUUCUUGAGCACUAGUUACGUGUUUGAGGUUCUGAUGACGCCGAUGGUCUGGGUGGUGGAUCACUUCUCUAAAGCCCUGGGACCGAUCCUAGUGUUUGGUGUGGUAACCCUGACCAGCUCAGUGGUGGCGGUGGUGUACAUCAUUGGUCUGCCACACUUCUGGAACAAGUCCCCGACGCUCACCUGCUUCCUCAUCGUGCUGGGCCACUGGCUGCUCAUCAAUGUGGUGUUCCACUUCACCAUGGCCGCCAUCACUGACCCCGGCACUCCCCCAAAGGGCACGUUGAUCAGCGAGGCGGUGAGUGUGUGCAAGAAGUGCAUCGCCCCCAAGCCUCCGCGCACCCACCACUGCUCCGUCUGCAACCGCUGUGUGCUCAAGAUGGACCACCACUGCCCCUGGCUCAACAAUUGUGUCGGCCACUUCAACCACCGCUACUUCUACAUGUACAUGGUAUAUAUGUGCCUCGGGACCGUCUUCAUCAUGACCCUGGGCUUUGAAAUAGGCUACAAGGAGAUCUGGCUGGGGGGCGAAGGGGGCGUGGGGCUGGGGGAGGCCAUCCACUACGUCAUCAAGGAGGGGGGCCUGCCGGGGGGACGGGCGGUCAAGGAGGAGGAGGAGGAGCCGCUAGAAGGGUACCCUGUCACCAUGAACGGAACGCACCUCAUGCCCCUGUACGGCGGCGUGGCGGGCCCGCCUGUCCGCCUGGAGGGGCCCGAAGAUGAAGACGAGGAAGAGAAGGAGCGGAGGAACUACUGGUACCGCUUUUCCAUCAUGUACACCGGGAUGCUGACUAUAGGUGUCUUCAUGUCCCUGGGCGGGCUGGGAACCUGGCACGCGAGGUUGAUAAGCCGAGGGGAGACCAGCAUAGAGGCACACAUCAACAAGAAGGAGACGGAGCGGCUCGCUAAGAUAAACCAGGAGUACAAAAACCCAUAUGACUUUGGCGUCUCUGAAAACUGGAGAAUCUUCUUGGGACUCACGCAAGGCAGAAUAACUAUGUCAGCUCCACAUGCCAUACUGGACUGCAAGGGAACACACAAGAAUGGAAGGAAAAUACAAGAGGCCAGUCAGCUUACACAUGACACCUCAUGGAAAUCAUUUUAUACAGUGCUCUAGUCAUCAUUGGUGUUUCAGUGUAUCAUUGUAGUUUUGUUUUCUGAUAUUAUUUUGUGGUAUUAUUGCAUUCAUUAUUAUCAGUUAUUAUUAUUAUUGUUGUUAUUAUCAUUAUUGCUGUUGUUGUGUCCAUUCAUCCGUCAUAUGCUUGAAACAAAUAGUAUGAUGAUGAUAAUGAUGAUUGUUAGUGUAGUUAUUUUUACUUUUAUUUCUUUCUUUGUCAUGGUAGUGGCAGCUCCCUUUUCCAUAUUUUUUUGUAGCAUGAUUAUUAUCAGUCAGCAUGUCUACAUAAACUUAGAAUUGAUAUUACAUACUGGAUUAAUAUUGUUUUGCGUAACUUAUAUCAGUAUUUCUCUCCACAUAAAUCCCUCUGCUCUUGCACCAAUCUUCUCUAUGUAUUAUUGAAAUUAAAACUGUAAUUCUCAUUUUAGGUACUUACAUACAUAAGAAUAUCAGAACGUAAGGAGCCUGCAAGAGGCCGGUUGGCCUAUACUAGAGGCUAUACUUUUUUAUAAUAUUGUUGAGAAUAUGGAGCAUUUUCACAAUAACUAUCAGAUGUCUGUCAGAAUAUUGUAAGCACCAAAACUGAUCCAUGUUGUAUCCCAAAAUGAUGAUCAGGCAGACCUAUUUAUAACAGUGAACCUUUGAACACAUCUUGGCCAUGUCAGUAUUAUCAUGCUGGUUCCCCAUUUUUACUGGUGAAUCUUGCAUUUCAAUCAGUUCAAGUCUGGUCUUAUCAGCCCUGACCCAGCAUAACUUGCUCAUUUCUGACCCAACCUAACACUCACUUUAAAAGUAACAUUUCACUUUUUUUUCUUUUUUAUCCAGUCAGUCUUAACUCAACCUGUUUACUUCUAACAGUACCCUGAGUCUACUUUUACCUGCCCUAACCUUCAGUUUAGUUUAACAUACCCUAAUUAAUACCCGUCUAAGUUAGCAUUUCUUCAACCUUUUCUACCCAACCUGUGCUAAUCUGGCCCACCUUAUCCUAAGAACUAAAGCAUUUUCUUACCCAACCUUAUCUUACCCAACCUAUCCUACCCUUAAUUGAAUGUGUUUCUUUAUUGGACUUAUCCUACCUGAACAGUCCUAAUUUAACCUAUCUAAGCAUAACUUGAUAACAAAAAUAUACUGCAGACCUAUGUUAAGGCUGGCUAGAUUGGCGUUUUCUCUUUCAUUGGUUGGUGGACUGACUGAAUGUCAAUAUAUUUAGUACACUGUAAUGAAACCCUCUGCUCAGUCUAUCCAAUCACCCAUUUGUACUUAUAAUUUUUUUACUGUGUGUGUGUGUGUGUGUGUGUGUAUGUGUGUGUGUGUGUGUGUGUGUGUGUGUGUGCAAGUGGGUCUUUUUUACACAGUUCUCAUUAAUAAAGUGCUCGUGCAACAACGUGAAUAUGUCUGUACGUUAACUUAUUGAUUCUAUGGCAUUUAAGGGUUAGGUUAUUAUUGAGGGAUGCUUUUGUAUUAUAUAAAAAGAGCAAAGAAAAUUACGUGAUUUCUGUA